UCGUUAAAACAGCACGGGAAAAUAAAAAGAUGGCGCUAGUGUUCGUCUCGGAGCUGUUGCCACGAGCGACACUCAGUCAACAUGGCGGCGGGCGCUGCGCGGCCGGACGCAGCUCGGCUAGUGUAGUGAUGUCCGCGCCCGCACCCCACGUCCACGGUCGCACCCCCGUGCGACGCAGGGGGCACCAACACCACCCGCGUUUAAGGGGCGACCGUCAACCCGCCCCCGCCACGAAUCCCGACCCCGUGCCGUCUGCGCGAACGACCUUAACUCAAACAGACGAUGUUGUGCCUUGUGUCAAUAGUGUCAGUGAAUCUCAAGAGGUGACAAGGACGAAUAGUGACGAUGCACUUUCAAAUUCGAAUCUUACUGUAGCCGAGGACUGUGCGAAUGAUGAACAAGAAAACGAAUUAGAUAGGGUUAAGAGUACUGAUUCUCUAGAUAGCUUAGACGAUGAAUUCUCGUUUGAAGAAAGGUCUGCAGGAGACGGCGCGGAAGCUAUCGUUGCCGCGCUUCCUUCUGAUAUAUCCGAUGAUGACCCUGAAACUGUAGAACUUGCAAAACUUCGAUGUACUAGUGAAUGUACCGAGGUCUUGGCCGAAAGAGAAAACAGGCGGCGAAGAAGAUGCGCUGAUUAUCCCGGUCUCGCCUUUGGCAGUUCAAUAUUUUCUUCAGACACUAUGAUGAAGUUUUCCAUCAUCAAGAAUGAGUUGCAGAACAUAAAGAAUACUGCGCUGAAAAGGGCUGAGUCCGAAGUGGCUGCCCUGAACCGACGUAUCCAACUGCUGGAGGAGGACCUCGAGAGGUCCGAGGAGCGUCUCGCGACCGCCACCGCCAAGCUGUCCGAGGCCAGCCAGGCCGCCGAUGAAUCCGAGCGCGCACGUAAGGUGCUCGAGAACAGGUCGUUGGCGGAUGAGGAGCGCAUGGACGCCCUCGAAAAUCAGCUGAAGGAAGCCAGGUUCCUCGCUGAGGAGGCCGACAAGAAAUACGAUGAGGUUGCUCGUAAGCUGGCCAUGGUUGAGGCUGACUUGGAGCGCGCCGAGGAGCGUGCCGAGUCCGGCGAAUCCAAAAUCGUUGAGCUUGAGGAGGAGCUCCGUGUCGUUGGUAACAACCUGAAAUCUCUGGAAGUCUCAGAGGAGAAGGCCAACCAACGCGAAGAGGAGUACAAAAAUCAGAUCAAAACCCUCACCACCCGUCUGAAGGAGGCUGAAGCACGUGCCGAGUUCGCCGAGCGUUCCGUGCAGAAACUGCAAAAGGAGGUCGAUAGGCUUGAAGACGAUCUGGUGGCCGAGCGCGAAAAGAGCAAACUCCUGCAGGAGGAGAUGGAGGCCACGCUCCACGACAUCCAGAAUAUGUGAACACCGCGCUCCCCUCACUAGCCCGCUCGGCUUCCCCGUUCCGCAACUAAUCGCUUAGGGUUGCCGAAAAUAUUUUUCUACCAUUCUAUGGAAAAAAUUGUGUAGAUUAAUAGUUUAUUUAGAAUUUUAUUUUUCUUAUGAAUUUUUUAUAUUAAUUCACUUUCAUAUGAAUGAUGAAAUGACUUAUAGUGGAGUCGAGCGGGCUUCUAGAUGUUACUACUUUUAGAGUAAUUGCCAGCCGCUUUUUUUUUAUGUAACGUCAAAAUACCGAGUGUUUAAUACGCCACUGCCAAGUGCAAUUUUUUUUUUUAAUUUUGAUACGCAAAGAAAUUAAUACUAAUACUAUUCCGUAUAACUGUUUGAGAGUGUAUCUCGCAUACUAUGUAGUCAUUAUUUUACGAGCGUGCCUGCGUAUGCCGAUGAUCGAUGUUUUAAUAUUUUUAUUUUAUCUUACAAACGCUUUUUUUACGGCACUCACGGUUAUUAUCUUAAUUACAUUCGACAUUCCAAUAUUGGGACCAAAAUGUGAUUUAAACGCAUUUUUUGCGCGACGGCUGAUUGUGAGUUCGAAUUAUUUUAAAGAUUGCACUUUUAUAAUUCAGUUUCUCCGUAAAGGCCUAAACGAGUUAUUUUGUUUUGGAAUAACCUAAUAAUAGCAUUUGUCUGUUUGUAUUUUUUUUAUUUCUCGCGAAAUAGAUUAAAUUCACAAACGAGCAAGACACACAUUGGUUUGCACUUUUGUUUGCGACUUAUCGCAAAAUGAAAUUUACUUAACACUUAGGAAGAGAUUAGAAAUUUUAUUUAAUGAGAGUUGGUAACACGUAAAUAUUGAUAUUUAUAGGAGUAUACUUGCUAUGAAGUAUUUGAUAUUCUAUUUUUGUUUCGAGUAUGAACAUUUCUUGUGUCAUAAUUUUGAGUUUGUUGUUAUUUAUUUAAAUUAAUCGAUGGUAUUACGAGUAUUCCUGAGCUGUAAAUAUGAACAGUACAGUAGUUUAUCGCCGGUAGCGCUGGCAACAUCUGCGACUUUUCUUCUACAAACGAUGUAGUAACGGAGUAGCGCUACCGUUACGUAUGACUAUCAAGGGAUUUCCGUCUUUACAAUGUUAUCGAUUAAUGAAUUGAUAAGUUCGUGAGAAAUAAAUUAAUGAUUUUUAAGAGUAUUCUAACACAAGUGUUUAUAAAUAUAUUGUAUUAUUAUUUUUA